CAGCAGGCGGCGCCACCGCGGCGUUAAUUCAAAGACAACAGCGAGCCGGUUUGAACUCGCCGUCUGACAUUCAGCGGUAGCUUGCAACUCUAUCUCUCCAUCCUGCUGCUGUUUUGGUGGCCAUCCGGAAGAGAUCCUAUUUCUUUAACAACAGAUCCGGACAUCAGACUGAAUGCAAUUUCAUAGUGAAGCAAACAUCAGGAGGCAGGUUUAGACCUGCCAGUGUUCAGAGCUCCUGCCAGAGUGAACUGAAGUGGAGGCUUCAGAGUUCUGAGACGGGUCACAGGGCAGUCUAUAGAUGUCAGGCCAAGUCAGGUCUGCCAGUCACGCAGACUGCCAGGUCACGGAGGAAUGCCCCGUUCCAGCCGACGUGGAGCUAAUGGAGCUGGGUCCCCUGCUGAAGGAAAACAGCCCCAUAGGAGCCAAAGGUGUCCAGUCAGAGGCAAGCCAUGGAGCAAACAGUCUUGCUGAUGAAGAGGAGGAUGAAGAAGUUGGAGAAGUUCUGACGCUACCACUGCAGGCUCACCAUGCAAUGGAGAAGAUGGAGGAGUUUGUGCAUAAGGUCUGGGAGGGCCGCUGGAGGGUCAUUCCCUUUCAUGUCCUGCCGGAGUGGCUAAAAGACAAUGACUACCUCCUACAUGGUCAUCGGCCUCCCAUGCCAUCAUUUCGUGCCUGCUUUGGGAGCAUUUUUAGGAUCCACACAGAGACCGGGAAUAUCUGGACUCAUUUGUUGGGAUUAAUCUUAUUCUUGUGCCUGGGCACACUUACCAUGCUAAGACCCAAUAUGUACUUCAUGGCCCCGUUGCAGGAGAAGGUGGUGUUCGGGAUGUUCUUCUUGGGUGCAGUGCUGUGCCUCAGCUUCUCUUGGCUUUUUCACACGGUCUACUGCCAUUCUGAGAAAGUCUCUCGCACUUUCUCCAAACUAGACUACUCUGGCAUUGCUUUGCUGAUCAUGGGCUCUUUUGUACCCUGGCUUUACUACUCCUUCUACUGCUCUCCUCAGCCACGUCUCAUCUACCUCACAAUCGUCUGUGUGUUGGGCAUUGCAGCUAUUAUCGUUGCCCAGUGGGACCGUUUCUCCACUCCCCGGCACAGACCCACCAGAGCAGGAGUUUUUAUGGGUCUUGGACUGAGCGGGAUCAUCCCCACCAUGCAUUUCACCAUUGAGGAGGGUUUCGUCAAGGCCACUACUGUUGGACAGAUGGGCUGGUUCUAUUUAAUGGGUGCUAUGUACAUCACAGGUGCUGGGCUGUAUGCUGCACGAAUCCCAGAGCGCUAUUUCCCGGGCAAAUGCGAUAUUUGGUUUCACUCACACCAGAUAUUUCAUGUGCUGGUGGUGGCAGCGGCCUUCAUUCAUUUCUAUGGCGUGUCCAACCUGCAGGAGUUCCGCUAUGGACUUGAGGGAGGCUGCACUGAUGACACUCUCCUCUGAGAGCUCUGCAAACAUCCCUUUUCAAUUAGGAUUUUUAGUGCACACAUUUCUACUCAUUCCUUGAUUUUGUUUUAAUUUCCCUUUGAGUUUUUUCCCUGAUUGUUUUGACUUAUAUUAUUUUUUUCCUGUUACAUAGAGUCCAUGACUUUUCAUUUGAUGAAAGUGUUUGUGUGGUUAAAGGGUUAAAGGGCACUGAAAAAGUAUCCAAUAGCUGGAACAUGAUGACUCUUGUUAUCAUCAAACUUUAAUUUGAGCACAAUCUCAUGGGAUUUGGACUUGUUUCUUUUGUAGUGAAAAGCACUUUCCCUGAGCUGUAGACUUUCCCCUUCAGAAUAUAAUGCAUCUAAGUUUUGCUUAUUGUAAACCAACAAUUCUUGGCAUCAUUUGAUGCACACCCAAAAAAAUUGCCCAAACUUUGAUGAAAAGAGCAAUGUGUUUGACUGGAAACUGCACAAGGGGCAAAUAAGGGUUUGAGGGGUUUAGGUAAAACCUACCAGCUUGGAAAAUACUUCUAGGUCAAAAUAAAAACACACAUACAGGUCAACUAUCGCACCUUACAGCACAGAUAUCAAAUAUCAUUGUUAUUAAAGCUUCUGCAUGGAUAUAUCUGUGCAGCCUGUAAAGUAUAAACUUUCCUGUAAAGUAUAAGAAUAUUCCUGUGCCUUAGGCCACUGGAAAUAGGUUUAAAAUAGAUGGGCCAAAACUACAGUGUAGUAAAUUUCAUUAGUUUCAAGCAUAGCUAGUUAAUUUACUUAAGCAAGCUAUCCAAUCAUAUAAACCAAUAAAAAAGUUUGACCUUUAUUGAUGAACUUUCUCAAACUGCUGUUUGAAAAAAGUAGUGUUGGAUCCUUUUUAACUAAAGCUUACUGUGUGGCUUUACCACAGAGACUAACCUAUCCAUAUAUCCAUGUGUUAUGUGUAGAGGUGGUAAGUCAUUUACAUUUACCUGAAAUGUGAAUGUUUAAAUAAAUAUUUAUGGAUCCUA